UCUAUUGUACCUUUCAGAUUUUAUUUACUCUUUCAGGCUCUUACAACAGAUUUUAAUAAUUUGACAAUUAUGUUCCAUUAUCUAAAAGAAGUAGAGAAGGGAAAGGAGAAAAAAAUCUAGAAAUGAGUACACAUUUAGCUAUGAGAAUAUUCUAUAUAAAUGCGUCAGAUUUGGUAUAAAAUUUUUUUAAUACUAGGAUCAACAGAAAAAUGAGAAAUUAUAGCUUUCAAGGUCUCAGUGUUUUUUUAUAGUGACAGGUCUUCAGAAAACGCUGAAUUUGUUUGAAAUGCUGACAGACCAAAGACUCCAUCAGAAUCAUAAUUAUAUGAUUAAUUCUAUACUUCAUCCUGAGAAAAAUUAGCUGCCUUCACUUUAAAAAUAUUAUUUGGUAGAAAGCAAAACAGAGAGUUUUAAGUAACUGAUCAAUGACUAAAGGCAAAAUUGGUUUGUUUUUUUGUUUUGUUUUGUUUUUUUUCUAAGCUAAUCAGGAACAGGCAUGAGAAGGGAUUGGCACAAGGAAGAAAUGGAAGACAGAAUAAGAACACAUAGUCUUAUAUAGUUGGAGAUAAAAGAUGCAGGGACUUAAUGAUUUCUCUGUGAAUGCUGAAUAGCUCUAUGAAUUGUUUCAGUUUUAAGAUAGAAAAGAUUUUAAUUGUGUAUUGAAACUAUACCCAUUCUCCUGGUCAUUCAUUUUGCACUGCUCUUCAGCUCUAUACCAGUAUUUUAGAGGCUGUCAUAAGUAAUCAGUUCCUCUAGCUUCUGGGGUGCCACUGGUACCAUAAAAUAUCAGACGAAAUUGUAUCUGGGAACACACAAUUAAGCUUUACAAAUUUCAAAAUGAUCUGGUAUUUCUGUCAGUUAUGUCAUUAGAAUAUACAGAAACAGAAGUACACUAGCCUACAAUAAUUAUAAUUUGAAUAGCUACUAUAGAUAAUCAGUACUGGGGAGAUAUGGGAGUGUGAACAAAGAUUUUCAGACCUAGACUGUAAUAGAAGGUUAUGAUUGCAAACCACGCAGGUGCAAUAAUCCAUGAAUGUAGGUUUUAUUGAUGACAACUACAGUGCUUUCUAGUUAAAAUGGAAGCUUAGUGAAGGUGAUGAAAUGUGUAUCAUUUAAACAUCAGAAAAGCAAUGUGGCUAUGGGAGACGGAUUAUGUUAAUUUAAGGGUUUUAAGGGUAUGGAAGUACUUCAAAUGUUAGCAGUAUUUCAAGCUUUGCAGCCUAGCCCAGGUUUCUCAUGUGCACUUGCAUGUUGAAAUAAAACUGCAAAUUUGAUACUUAAUCUGAUCUCAUUUGUGGGAAUAUGAUUUUGUAUAUAUGCAAUGCAAAAUCAAAAGGUAGCAGGGGUGUUAUUGUUUGAUUUGCUUUAGAAAUUUGCUACCUGCAAGCUAAAUAGUCCUAGUAAGUAUACAGGAAGACCCAUAGCCUAUGACUAUGCCCUAACAGUACAAUUAAAUACAUCAAAAAGAGAGCAAUCACAUAGCACACAAACAGGAGUUUUAACCCGAUCUAGACCUUACAAGCUGUGUGCCCUUGAGAAAAUUACAUAAUUUCACUUAGCCUUUUCACUUGAAAGUGAAAAUACUGGUGCGACAUUCCGUACACGUUAUAUAACACGCCGGUGGCCGCUCUUCCACUGGUUAACUCUGAAUACCACUGCAAGCUGACAGGAAGGGGCGGAGCGCCGUAGCAGCGAGCGCCGUCGCAGCGAGCGGGGACUGCAGGACGCGCAGGUGUGCGCUCGGCGGCCGCUUUACCCUCGGGUGCUGGCUGUGGCAGAGGUCUGCGGAGACUGCAGGGGCCUCCGGCUUCAGGCGCUGGGCGGACGGUGACAGCUGCUCCAUGGCCCCUGCGGCGCCUCCCUCCUCCUUGGCCAUCCGGGCCUCAAGCCCAGCAGCGGCCCCCUCUUCAUACGGGGUCUUUUGCAAGGGGCUCUCCCGUACCCUGCUCGCCUUCUUCGAGCUGGCCUGGCAGCUGCGCAUCAACUUCCCCUAUUUCUACGUCGCGGGCUCUGUGAUCCUGAACAUCCGCUUACAGGUACACAUAUAAAGCCGCGAGCAAGCUGCGGGCCUCCGGAGGCCACCAGGAUGGCGGACUCCCAGGAGGACUCGGGGCACUGUGAACCACUCAGUCUCGCGAGAGUUCUCGGGGGCCGUCUGCGCGUGCGCUGUUCACUCCUCGCGCUGUCUCUGGGCAGUGGCGGAAAUCCUGUUGACACUAGGUAAGGGAGAGAUGCGGUUCCGGGAAAGGAAGCAUUUCAUCUAAGGCCCACGAAAAUGUUAAGAAGCCACGUAUCUUUAAACUGGACUCCAGACAGAUUUCAGGACAAGACAAAAGCCACAGAAUACAUUAUGAAAAAGGAAGGCCAAUUUUUUUUUCAGAAAAAAAAGUGACGUGAAUAACAAAUUUACGGUGUAAAUUAAAAUUAAGCAGUCAGUGAACUUCAGAAAUAGCGGACUGGAUUGUAAGCCAGACACUGAAGAAGAAAGCCAUGGUGUUAAAGGUAUGAAGUGGAAGGCGUGUAUUUCUUCACCCCACAAGAAAAACAUUGGAAUUCUCAGUAAAAAACAAAACUAUGCAAAAACACAUCUUCCAAAAAUACUGGACCUGAAACGCUACGAGAUUUUGAACAAAUGGUGGAAGCGUGAGAAAAUGGAGUCUAACUUCGUGUGAACAGCGCUUGGAUUAGGACCUUGGGGGCAGAGAAAAGGAAAUGUAGUCAUAGCGUAAAACUUGGAUAUUUUGUGAAUAACAUUUAAAUAAUUACAAUGCAAAUGUGUAUGAUUUUCAUCUUUAAAGGAAUACUUAAUCAUGACUAUAAAGAAGAAUAUAAAUAUUAUUAGCCAUGAUGUACAAAUACAUAGACAAGUGGCAGUGUUGGAAAAGGGGGAGGAGGUAAAUAAAAUGGUUUAAUGUACUAAAAAUUGUGAAGUUGAGAGCAAUCUGUUGUGGAGGAGAAAGAAAAUAUUAUUAGUCAUAAUGUUUCUAAAACAGUAAUAUAACUGUAUUAAAGGGAAAACUUGAUAGGGCAAAAGACUAUGAUGUCAACAGAAAGUGCUGAAAGAUGGGGAGUUCAGUGGGAUUUCUCAAAAAGUACUGUUAAAAGCACCCGGUAUAUUUGAGUAUAUUGGAGAUGUUUCAUUUUUUCAAAGUCCAGGAAUGGAUUAGUAAUGUGCAGAUACUUCAAAUUUAAGAAAACCAAACUGUGGUAAUAAUAAACACCAGGAAAAAUAAAAAGUUCAAAACCUA